GACAAACAGAGCAGGAGGAGGAAAUGUAAGAAAACGGGCGAGAGCCGCGUACCUGCUUAAAGGAGCCGCGCUCUCCCACCGCCGGGCAGGAGUAAGCGAGGACAACGAGCACGAAGCCGGUUACAAGUGUGGGACCCCCCCAAAAAACGGACUGUACAAGUGGAGUGAACGAGGCAGCGAAGGAGCGGGAAAAAAGUAGCGACUUGUGGAAAGUGGACGCGGCGAGACCGAGAGCGCAGCCCGGGACGGGACUGAGCGGCGCGAAUUCAUCAUGUUCCACUAGACGAGGAAGCGCGACGGCGAGCGACAGAAAGCCUCGGCCGGGCUGGCCCGGCAUGGCUCGCCCUCUCUUCUUUUCUGCUUCCAUAAAAGUUUGCGUCUUGUCGACGGUGUCCGACUUUUCACCGUACAGGGAGCACCUGCUUUAGCCAGCCAUGGCCAAAGUUAUCCAGAAAAAGAACCACUGGACUAGCAGGGUCCACCAGUGCUGUCUGAGUCGGGACUCCUGUGGGGAGCUUAACGUGGAACUGCGUGGCGGAGCGGAGAACGGGGAGUUCGCCUACGUGGGGGACAUCCAGGAGGAGAGAGCGGUGUACGUCGAGGGGAAGCUGGCGCCGGGAGAGCUGCUCCUCGAGGUGGAGGGGCUGGCGGUGUCCGGGCUGCCGCUCUACGACGUGCUCACCGUGCUCAGGAACUGCAAGGGUCCUGUCAGGCUCAAGACCGUCCGGCAAGGAAAUCGCCUCAAUAAGGACCUUAAGCACUACCUAAGCCAGAGGUUCCAGAAAGCGUCUCCGGACCACGAGCUCCAGCAGACCAUCCGAGAUAAUCUCUAUCGCCAUGCGGUGCCUUGCACAACCCGCCCACCCCGAGAAGGAGAGGUCCCAGGUGUAGACUACAACUUCCUGACAGUGGAGGACUUUUUGGAUCUUGAAAAAAGUGGAACCCUUCUUGAAAUCGGGACAUAUGAAGGUAACUAUUAUGGAACACCCAAGCCUCCAAGCCAGCCCCCCAGUGGGAAAGUGAUUACCAGGGAUGCUUCACAAGAAAGCCAGGCCGGCUCCCAGCACUCCACUCCGAAGAGAACCAAGUCCUACAAUGACAUGCAAAAUGCUGGCAUAGUCAACCCGGAAAAUGAAGAUGAUGAAGAAGUCCCUGAAAUGAACAGUAGUUUUACAGUAGACUCCUUUGAACACGACGAGCACACAGGCAACCAUUCAUCUGCAGAGAAGGCCCCGUCGAACAACGUCAGCCACGUCUCUGUGUCAAUCACGGAAAACUCGCAGCAGCCACAGCCACAUUUUCACCCUCCAGAAGAGGACGACUUGGGACCCUUGCCUGACAACUGGGAGAUGGCGUACACCGAGAACGGAGAGGUCUACUUUAUUGACCACAACACCAAGACCACCUCCUGGAUCGACCCUCGCUGCCUAGAGAAGCCGCCGAAGCCUCUAGAAGAAUGUGAAGAUGAUGAAGAAGGCGUACACACGGAGGAACUGGACAACGAAUUAGAGUUGCCGGCUGGAUGGGAAAAAAUAGAAGACCCUGUGUAUGGUGUUUAUUAUGUAGACCACAUCAACAGGAAGACGCAGUAUGAAAAUCCUGUCCUGGAGGCAAAGAGGAAAAAGCAACUCGAGCAACAGCCACCUGAAGGUGAGCGGCACAUCACAGAAUGGAUAGAGGACCACUCAACUGCUGGACCCCCGCUUGCUAAUUAUGCUUCAAACUUCCAGGAAACCUUCAGGGAUGGACAGGCCCCUGCUCCGCCAUCGCAAAGUAAGACGAAGCCCUUCUUCACCCGCAAUCCUGCAGAGCUCAAAGGAACCUUCAUUCACACCAAGCUGAAGAAAAGCAGGAGGGGGUUCGGCUUCACUGUGGUCGGAGGGGACGAGCCCGAUGAAUUCCUGCAGAUAAAGAGUCUGGUUUUGGAUGGGCCUGCUGCAGUGGAUGGAAAGAUGGAGACAGGUGACGUUAUUGUCAGUGUCAAUGACACCUGUGUCCUGGGAUAUACUCACGCUCAAGUUGUGAAGAUCUUUCAGUCAAUUCCUAUUGGUGCCAUGGUGGACCUUGAACUGUGUCGUGGUUACCCUCUGCCCUUUGACCCUGAUGACCCCAACACUAGCUUGGUAACGUCUGUGGCAAUUUUGGACAAGGAACCGAUUAUUGUUAACGGACAAGAGAGCUAUGACUCGCCGUCUAGCCACAGCAGCCAAACGGGAAACGUGAAUGGAAUUAAGGAGGCAAGACCCAGCAGCCCCUCAGCGGAGGUGUCGUCCAGCAGCUCCCAUGGGUACUCCAGUGACGUUGUUACCUUGGCAUCUUCUAUUGCCACGCAGCCCGAACUGAUAACUGUCCACAUAGAGAAAGGUGACAAAGGUUUUGGCUUUACCAUCGCUGACAGCCUUGGAGGAGGAGGCCAGCGAGUGAAACAGAUUGUCGAUUAUCCUCGAUGUCGCGGUCUCAAGGAAGGAGAUAUUAUAAUUGAAGUAAAUAAGAAGAAUGUGCAGAGUCUCGCUCAUAACCAAGUAGUCGACUUGCUGAGCAAAUGUCCAAAAGGAAAUGAAGUCACACUCCUCGUCCAAAGAGGACUAGUGGCAGCAAAGAAGAGUCCUAAGCUGCAACAGCUGGAGCGGAAGGACAGUCAAAACAGUUCCCAGCACAGCGUCUCCAGUCACCGCAGCACCCGCACAGACUCGCCAGUCCACAGCAACCAAGUGCUUCCCAGUUACCCCAACAACAACAACAGCAGCAGCAGCAGCUGCAACAACAACAACGAAGCACCAGCCACAGACCAAGCGGACAGCACAGCACUGAAGAAGCCAGAUCCUUUCAAAAUCUGGGCCCAGUCCAGGAGCAUGUAUGAAAGCAGGUUGCCUGACUACCAGGAACAGGAUAUUUUCCUGUGGAGAAAGGACACAGGCUUUGGAUUCCGAAUUCUUGGAGGCAAUGAACCGGGAGAGCCUAUCUACAUUGGACACAUUGUGAAGUAUGGUGCUGCAGAUGAGGAUGGACGCCUCCGAUCUGGAGAUGAGCUAAUCUGUGUGGAUGGCACAGCAGUGGUGGGCAAGUCGCAUCAACUUGUUGUUCAGCUCAUGCAGCAGGCUGCCAAGCAAGGACAUGUCAACUUAACUGUUCGACGGAAGACUGGCUAUGCAGUAGCAAAAGGUGAAAGUGAAGUCCCAGCCUCCCCUGCAUCCUCCCAUCACAGCAGCAAUCAGGCGCCGUCACUGACUGAGGAGAAGCGCACCCCACAGGGCAGCCAGAACUCGCUCAAUACAGUGAGCUCUGGGAGUGGCAGCACCAGCGGCAUUGGCAGUGGAGGUGGUGGAGGGAGUGCCGUGGUUAGCAGUGUCCAGCCGUAUGACGUGGAGAUCCGACGUGGAGAGAAUGAAGGCUUUGGCUUUGUCAUUGUGUCUUCAGUCAGUCGGCCAGAGGCAGGAACCACUUUUGCUGGAAAUGCAUGUGUGGCCAUGCCUCACAAAAUAGGUCGGAUAAUUGAGGGGAGCCCUGCAGACCGCUGUGGGAAGCUGAAGGUGGGAGACAGGAUCCUGGCUGUCAAUGGCUGCUCCAUCACCAACAAGUCGCACUCUGAUAUUGUCAACUUAAUCAAGGAAGCAGGAAACACUGUCACGCUGAGAAUCAUCCCGGGCGAUGAAUCCUCCAAUGCAUCACUGUUGACUAAUGCAGAAAAGAUUGCAACUAUCACAACCACGCACACGCCACAACAGCCACCACCACCACCACAGGACACUAGAAAUAACACAAAGGCAAAACAAGAACCCCAGUUCGACUAUAAAACCCCACCAGCAGCACCAACACAACCCCAGACCCAGGAUCCAGAGUUUUACACUGUUGAUCUUGAAAGGGGCAACAAAGGCUUUGGGUUUAGUCUGCGAGGUGGCCGGGAGUACAACAUGGACUUGUAUGUUCUUCGGUUAGCCGAGGAUGGCCCUGCUGUGCAAUGUGGGAAGAUGAGGGUUGGCGAUGAAAUCCUGGAGAUCAAUGGAGAAAGCACAAAGAACAUGAAACAUGCCAGAGCAAUUGAGCUGAUAAAAAACGGAGGCCGAAGAGUUCACCUGGUCCUAAAGCGAGGCGACGGCUCUGUCCCAGAAUAUGACGCCGGCAAUGACGGGAACAGUUCCACCACAGGUUCACAAAAUGUUUCGGAAGUGAAAACCAUGCCAUUUGACUGUCGACUACACCCAUCAUUGGAGUCCAGUUAUCCACCAGAAGUUCACAAAUCAUCACAACAUGGAGACAAAAGGAGAAGGCAGCCUGCAGGCAGCGGAGGGCACAGCAGACACUCCAAGGAGCACCACACAUGGAACGGAAAUGGAAAUUACAACAGCCUCUCAAACAGAAGGCACAGAUCACCAGACCAGGGAUGGAAGGUGGCACAGGAACCUGAAAAGAAGGCACCAAACAAUGUUGCCCUUAAGCUGGGGCAGCAGCUUCUGAAGAAAAUCGAUCUGCAGCCAGGGAAGAAGACAGAACAGCAGCAGGGAGGAAUGAAAGUUGAAAACAGUCUACAAAGCUUUUACCAGCAGCAUCCCAAUAACCAACCAUCUGGAGCCAACGGUGAGGAGAGUUUAGACAAGAGACAGGAGCGAAGAAGGGCCAGAUCCCCCCAGCGUGGUAAAGAAAGUCCUCCUCAGAGAAGGAGAUCUCUCGAUAGACAGGAGCAUGCUAGAGGAUCUCCUGAGAGGAGGAGAAGGGCAAAGUCAUCUGACAGGCGGCGAGAAGUGUCGCCAGACAGAAAGCACUGGCAGGGAGACAGAGGGGAGAACGUGCCAAAGGCUGACUUCAAUAAAAGUUCCAGACAACCCCCAGAGCCAAGGCGACGCCCUUACAAAGAGAACCACACUGAUCUCAGUAUCUGACCCAGUGGCUGCUUUGCACUGCAUUUCUUCUCACUAAAAGAAUAAAAAAAAUAAAACGACAACAACAUCCAUGGGUGGAAAGGCGGCAGCGGUGGGAUUUAGAUUUGUCUUUCUUUGUUCCCAGAGCUCCAAGAACUUAACCAUUUCUCACAGGGGACACAGAGAAUUCUAAACGGUGCAUUUGUUUUUCAGAAAUGCAUUCAUCCGAAUUUUAUAGAUGAACAAAAUAGAAAAAAAAGUAAAUAUGUGCCUAACAUACUGUAUUUAACAAGGGUUUGUUGUUUUUGUUUGUCUGACAGAUGACAGGCAAUUUUCCACACUGGUAUCUGAAUUUUGAAUCCCAGUGUGCACAAGAGACUUCUUUUUAUGUGUUUGAACAAGCUGAAGGGUACCUGGCUCUCCCCAGCGCUGUCUUAUUUUUUUUGUUUUUUUUGACAUAUUUUGAGACUAGAGCACAAACCCAUCCUUAAGUCUGUAUAGAUUUUUAACAGUUUGCAGUGUGUUUGUGUUUGGAACGGAUUGUUUUCCACAAAUGAAGAAACAAGACAAUUUAGGAAAUGUACUGCAAUCUGUCUACCCUUAUGAGUGAGUUUCAUGAAGGAUAUAUAGAGAUAUAUAUAUAUAUAUAUAUAUGUAUGUAUGUAUAUAUUUACAUAUAUAUACACACAUGUUGAGCACAUUUUGAAGUCUCUAAAAGAAUGAAGAGGUUCAUAAUUCACUUUGUUCUUUGGUUUUUCGUUCAGUUACUGUACUCCAGGCAGCCAUACUUGUCGCAUAGCGACUGAGGCAUGACUAUCCUAUGCCACAGUUAGCAGCACAGAGCUGUCGUGUCGGAGGUUUGCUAGUCUGUUGCACAGAGUGUGACAAUGCAAGGCAAAAGAAAAGUGAUCAGUUCAAGUCUGAUUUGGUGUUGCUGGUAAUACAAGCACUGGUUAUGAAUUAUUUUUUCUUUGUAAUUUAUUUAUUGUUUUCCUUCUCAGUUGCCCACCUUCUAUGGCCACAUUGCUUUUUGUUGGCACAGAGAACCAGCAUUGUAGUGACGACCACCUUCUCUAUUUAAGACGCUGAGCUAAUUGAAUGCGAUUUUCAUGUCAAGCUUUUGCGUCAAUGAUUCUAAACCACUCAACUAAAAGAGUUCAUUUACUUUUUGGAAGAAUAAACGUGGCGAGGAUUGGGUUUCUGUUUGUUAUGAUUAUUGACACAACCACUUUUUUUGUAUUUAUUAUUAUUUUUUUUUUAAAUAAACAUUAUAAAUUGAAUUUGGUUGUCACGCAGUUGAAGUCUGCUGUGGUACAGAAACUGCAAAACAAAUCCGAUCUGCCUCGCUGAGCCACGGUGUUUGUCUUUUUAAUGGACCACUGAAGUAAGUUGCUGCUUUACAGUGCAUUUGUGUGCACGCGCACGUGUGUAUGUGUGUGUGUGUGUCGCGUGCGUGCGUGUCAUUGUUCACAUUUUUUUUUCCAUAUGAAGAAGCAAACACAACAAAAACAUUACAAGUUCGAUCACUGUUGUUGCCAUGGUACUGUACCAGAGUUUAAUGGCCAAUCAUUAUUGUGUACAGAAUUGCAUAUGUAAGUAAGAGUUGGAAAAAUAAACUGUUGCCUUUUUCUUGUAUAAAAGAGAAUUUAUGACAAAAAAACUUAGCUGUGAGGAAUGUGAUAAGUGUUUAUAUUUCUGAAAUGGAACAAAUGAUUCAUGGGAAAUAUUUUAAUGUAUACUGAAUCAGGUAUGUAAAGCAGUUUUAAAAAUGGAAGAAUAUGUAAGUAAACCUGAAUCUUUUUUUUUUUUUAAUUUCCUGUUUUAAUUUUUUUUCCCCAUUCCUGGUGGGCCUGCCUAUGUAUUAUACAGCACUUGUAUGCAGUCUUUCUUCUUCAAGCAUUAUUUCUUGCAAUGUGUUAUAGAUAUAAUGCAAUCUUCUGUGUUGAAAAAGAAAAAAAAAAGACCAUAUGGGCCAAUCUUUUUAUAAAACACUAUGCAUAUAUAAAUACUACAUUGUCCAUAGCUUUAUUUGACCCAUAAGGCUAUAAACAUAACAUUAGUCAAAGUAAAAGUAGAUGUGGACUUACCAGUGAAAGCUUCUAUCCUUGAAAAAAAAGAUCACAAUGUAUAUGUAGCUACAAAGAAGUCUGUGAAUGCUAUUUUUAUUAUCAAAUAAAGUUUUCCAUACAAAUGCA